CGCUGGUAGUUUAAUCUUUGCUUAUGACACUUGAGAAGUUUAUGUCGCUCUUGCGUUAUCAACAACAUUGAUCUGAAAUCGAAAAUCAAUUAUAGGUUAACAUGGUUAAAAUGACAGCGUGAUCUUCUAUAUGGAAGUAUGGUAGAUCUCGUUUAGCGGGGAAACUGUGUUUAUAACGUUGUUAACAAAGCUGUCGACUAGAGUUCUUUAGUUGACUCUGUAUGCGUAUUACCUCGUAUAGAUAUAUGGACGUAUUGUUAUCAAUAUUAUCAAUAUUACGCUAGUGCCACAAACGACGAGGGAUUAUAGUUGUAUUUAAGGUGUUCGCGAUUUAUUUACUCUGCAACGUAUAGAGAUUUUCAUUCUUAUAAGAUCAUGGUCAAUUAAUGAACAAUUAAUCAGGGAUAGCGAAAAUGUGUCGUUGGGCCUGUGCAUCAACUAACACUACGUACAUGUGUAAGUGGUGUGGCACGCGCUACUGUCGAGAGUGUCUGAGAGGCGACUUCCGGGGACUUAUGGUAGAGCCCUCGCAGUGCCGCAUUUGUAACCAGAAACGUUGUCAAGGUAACCGUGUGGAGUACGUUGCCCGUCCCAAGGAGGAGGUCGACCCAAAGGCGGCCCGCUCCAAGAGCGCCGGCGGGCUCCGGUCGGGCAAAGGUUCUGCAAAGGCCGCGCGCUCGACGAAAAGCGCUAAGACGACCCGCUCGGGCAAGAAAUCGGGCAAAAAAUCGGGCAAGAAGAAAAAGAAGUGACAAUAUGAUGAUUUAUUUUGUGUACUAGUAUGCCGCAUUACUGUGUUCUUUAUCUGUGAUAUGUGAAUUGAUGCACUAAUACCUCUAGGUGUUUGUUUGACUUGUCACUUUCCCCCGGUGGUGGGGGCAUGCAUACGUACAUAUGUAAGACCUGGAUGUUGUCGAUAUUAAGAAACACUUGAGAUGUUUUUAUAUUGAAUCAGAGAGCUAUUUAUUACGAAAAUCUUGUCUUUAUGUUGCGAUAUCAUCUUUGAUGUUGUUAAUGGUGGUUAAUUUCAGAUUGGAUCAGAAAGCAUCAGGCUUUUGAGUAAAGACAUUCAUAUUUAUCAUAAUUUUAAGAAGCGGUUUUAUCUUGCAGACGUGCAUGUGAUAGGUAACAGUAAUGCUGAUUUGGAAAUGGAUAUUAAUUUACAAGAUAAAAAAAUCAUUUUCAAAUGAAAUAUUGUGUUUCUAUUGAUUUCAAAUUAAAUUUCGCGAGCAUUAUUGAUAUUACUUUUUCCCCCAGUGGCAAGUUCCUGAAUAUGCAAAUCUAAUGAAGAACCCGAAUGUGUAGCCGUCUCUUUCGAGUUUUAACAUUUAUAUAUUUUUGUUUGAAAUGACAGACUAAGAAACUGUAAAGAAAUAUACAUUUUCGGCAUACCUACUGAGUUCAAUUUACAUUUGCACGUAUGUACUAAAUAGUUGUCAUACUUGAAUAGAGUAACAACUUCAAAAAUAGAAACUAGUCUUUUUUUAUGUUGUAAAAAUGAGCCUUGUUCUGGGAAAAUGGGGCUUAAUACAUAUGCGUAAAGUGUCUUCAAGAUUAGCCUGUGCAGUCCGUACAGGCUAAUACGGGACUAAACUGGAUUUUAGCUUAAAAGAGACUUCCCUUAAACGAAAAAUACCACUAAAGCGGUGAGUGUAUUCCCUGAUUAACCGAUGCGGACUACACGGAACAAUCUGUGACGACACUUCGCGCAUGAAUUAACCCUUUCAGUGCGGGAACCGAAUUUUAAAGGCCUUUGCAAACAGUUUGGAUCCAGAUGAGACGCCACAGAACGUGGCGUCUCAUCUGGAUCCAAACUGUUUGCUAUUCUGAUAGUAUUCUUUGGAAAAAAAAUCGAAGAAAAUGCUAAUUUUAGAAAUUCAGCAGACGACAUUUUAGCAGACGACAAAUUUUCCAGCAUGCAAAGGGUUAAACACCGCUUUCCCAGAGCGGAUCUCACAUGAAUAUGCAUGCGGGGAUACUGUUGAUAUGCCUCUUUAACUUUGUUCACACCAAUAGCUGGUGUUAUACAUGUACUCCAUAAUAUUCGUAUGUGUGCAAUGAAAGAGAACAAUGAAA